AUGUCUUCCACGCCCCAGCGCUCGCCAACCAGGGAGUCGGCCAGCCAGAGCCAGGAGGACAUCAAGGGGUACGAGUUCGUUAAUGAGGUGCCAACGCACGGAGACGAAGACAUCGACGACCACUCGAUGAGCGAUAGCAUGCCUCUUGCGGGUACCCAAAUCAAACAAUCCCAGUCACAGACGCGGACUCACGUUCCGGACAUGGAAGUCGACGAGGGAACAGCCGCCGCUAUCGAUCAGCGAAGACAUCAGACGCACACACCAGAACCCCAGCAGCGGCGAAGCCAAGGGGUUUCGGCACAGCAGACGCCUAGCACGCCAGGCCGCCUUGCCCCUUUCGACUGGGAAGACUUUGAGAGCCGCUACCAGAAGGCACUUGCCGAUGCGGACCAGCAGGAGAGCGAGCUCUUGGACGAGUUCGAACAGCUCGUAAAGUACUUCAACGUUUGGGCUUCUGCAGCCUCGAGCCACGACAACGAGAGGGCGGUCAAGAGACUGCAAACUCGGACCAGAUACGUUCACCUAUCGGAAGAGAAGCUGAAGCAAAAGAAGGAACACCUUUCCGAGGUCGUCAAGGCGUUCCAGAGCGCACUGGCUCUCCUCAGCACAGCAUAG